AAUCCCCUAUAGUCUUUCUCUCCUCCUCCUUUUCAUUGGUCUUGUUUUUCUCAUCAGUAUAACUCGCUGCCUCCUAUUCCUCUCCUCUUGUUUCCUGUCUAUUCUACUCUGUUUUUGUUUGGACUUCUUCAUUUUUUAUCAUUUUUCUUUGCUUUAUCUCAUUUACAUCUUUUGCAUACAUAAUUUUACUCUAUUUUCAAAUGGAAGACCAACUACCGUCAUCAUCUCCUGGUCUCCUCAAACUGGAGGAACAGCUCACCUGUCCUGUGUGUCUCACCCACUAUACUAACCCUAAGAUCCUACCCUGCCAUCACUCAUUCUGUCAGCACUGUCUGGAGCGAUUACCACUGGAUAAGAAGAGUGAGACCUAUUACCUCUCUUGUCCCACUUGUCGUCAUCAUACAGAGGUACCAAAAGAAGGAGCAGGAGCCUUUCCUGUAGCAUUUCACCUUAACAACCUCAAAGAGAUGCAAAGUCUAAUGAAAAAGACAGCAGAUUUAUCAAAUCCUCAAGAGGCAACAUGUAGUGAUCAUGGAAAAUCUUUGGAGCUAUUCUGUGAAACAUGUAAUACAGUAAUCUGUGUUAACUGCUCAAUUCGUAAUCACAAAGGCCAUCAAUAUGACCUAAUUGCUGAAAGAUUUACCAAACACUGUCAAAACUUAAGAGAUUGUCUAUCACCAAUUGAGGGAAAGAAGGAAAAACUUCAGAAUAUCCUGUGCGCUCUAACAGAGAGAGAGGGUGAGAUCAGAGAGAGAGGAGAAGGAGUCUUAGAAGAAAUACAUGAAAAUAUCAAAUCACUUCAUCACAUUGGAGACAUUGUGACCUAUUCAUCUACGGCACUACAGCAGUGUAAAGUGAAGAAAGUUGGUUGCUUUGAACACCUUCCAAAAGAAAAAAAAGUUUCAUUUUCACUAUCAAUAGAGGGACCAGAUUCAUCUCUUUUCUAUGGAUCAGCUAAUGGACAGUUUAAAUCACCACGCAACAUUGCUAUUGACAGUCAAGGAUUAGUGUAUGUUACGGACAUGCAUACUGAUCACAUUCAGAAGUUCUCUCCAGAUGGAAAGUUUGUGGGUCAGUUUGGAAAUAAAAGGUUUGGUCUUGGGCAGCUUAAAGAGCCGAGAGGUAUAACAAUAGGCACUGGUGCUAGAGAUUUAGUGUAUGUUAGUGAAGAAGAGGAUAAUCGUAUCUCAGUUUUCACUAGUGAUGGCGUGUUUGUUAAUAGGUUUGGAAGUAAAGGCAGAAAUAUUGAACAAUUUAAUCAUCCAGAUGGAUUAACAUUUGAUAAAAAUGGAUUCUUGUAUGUUUGUGAUUAUAGUAAUAACCGACUUGUUAUCUAUUAA